AUGUAUUGUCUCUUCGCGUUCGGCUUGGUUUAUGUUGCUGGUGCUGCCGCUCGCCUUGGAGCACCAUCUGACGACUGGAGGGACUACACUUGGAGCUACGAGGAUGACAAGACCGCAGCCUGGUACAAGGAGCAUGACCUAAUACCGCCAGAGGUUGCGCCGGCAAUCACAACCGUAGAAGACGAGAAGAGCUAUAUUGUGAAGCUUGAGUGCAUAGGAUGCCCGUUUCGUGUCCGCAACAAGUAUCCGGUACUUGAGACAUGGCAGGAGCCGGCACAGGACAAUUCUCUUCUUCUCAACUUCACGAUUGAUGAUUCUCAACCUAGCCUUCUUCUCAAUGGAGAGACAAUUACCCCUCUCGCACCUCUUCCUCUAAAUAUUUAUGCGUUCCAAACCCCAGCGAACCUCUCCACUGGUAUAAUGGACGAAAUCGAGAGUAUAGAGAUGUUAGAUUCGUCCUGGACCUUAGGAACCAAGUACGGAAGGUUCUCGCUUCAAUAUGAGCAUACCCAGCUCGCGACUGAACAUCCGGGUGAGGAGUGGAUACAGUUUGACAUCACUGCCAUUCAUAUACGUCAUACUCAGUACAAUCCAUCCAGUGCGAAAUUAGACAAGAAAGGCCAAAGAAUCGUGCAACUCCUGAUUGCUAAAGGAUUUGUUGGCGACAAGCCAAUGCUCAUGAUCAAGGACAUUCAGACUAUAGAGCGGAACGAUCGGAAACAGCCCCUCAAGAUGUCUUGUGGCAAGUACGCGAUGAUCCAGACUGGAUUCAAUCCGUUAGAAUGGGAUUAUUAUGGCAAGUUUGGAACAAUGACAAGAAAAGUCCACUUGGUUCUUUGGAAGACCGCCGCCUUUUUUGAAGAGAAUGCCCUUGUGCUGAUUACCUUGUCCCUCAUUUUCGGAGGGGUUACUAUCAUUCGCCGGAUCAUUAGUUGGCGUGGAGUGCGACCUAUCGGACUCACUCAAGAGGAUGUUGAAGCUGCCCUUUUGGCGUCUGAGUAUGACGAUUCCCGGUCGGAGUAUUUCGAGGUGUCGACCUUGGAAGAGCAAAAAGAGGAGGGCCACCAGGUUCCGAUCGAGGUCACUGAAAGUGGAAAAUGGACAAAGGAGCAAGCGUCCGUUUAA